GACACACAUGACAACAAACAUCCACGUCGGUGUCUGUGUCUGUCCGUCUAUUACAAGUAACACGAGUUUCCUGUUACAGUGGACAAAUAGUUGAUAUGUCUUCGUACAACAUUUAUAGAUCGAGGUCACUAACGUUAGUGUGUUUGAUAAAUGCUUUUAUAUAUUGUACAUGUCAUCCAAGCCCUCGGUGUCUGCUGAUUUCGUUUGAUGGAUUCCGUUGGGACUACUUGAAUAACGCCUCCACGCCAAACUUUGACAAACUAAUAAAAGACGGUGUGACUGCUACUCAUGGAGUAGUGAACGCUUUCAUCACAAAGACGUUACCCAACCACUACACUAUCGUAACUGGUUUAUAUGAGGAAAGUCAUGGUAUCGUAGGGAACACCAUGUACGAUCCACUUUUCAAUGAGGUGUUCCACAUCAGUGACAAACAGCAAGCCACUGAAUCCAAGUGGUUUGACAAUGGAGGGGAACCUAUUUGGGUGACAAACCAGAGACAGGGAAAUGCACAUCGCAGUGGUGUGUUAUAUUGGCCUGGGGACGGCGCAGCAGUAAAGGGAUUUCGGCCCUACAGGUAUGAGGUAUAUAACCCGGAUGUAAAAAACGAAACAAGGGUUGACAAAAUUAUUGAAUGGUUCACAGACGACUAUCCUAUCAACCUUGGUCUAUUGUACUUUGAACAGCCUGAUGCUCUUGGACAUGAAGUUGGGCCAGAUUCUCCAGAGAUGAAAAUAAUGAUUGAAGCCUUAGAUGGAGUUGUUGGAUAUCUUUUGCAAAAAAUUGAAGAACACAACUUAGGGGACUUAAAUGUGAUAAUUACAAGUGACCAUGGAAUGGCUUCCACACCAGAGUCAAAGAUCAUUGACUUGGAUAUGUAUAUCAAUCCAACAUCAUAUCAGAUAUUUUCUUCAGAUCCUAUUGGAAGUGUUCUGCCAAAUGAAGGAAUGGAAGAAGAGAUUGUAAAGAACCUGUCUUCUGUGCCCCAUUUAAAGGUAUACAGGAAAGGGGUGGAUAUACCAGACAGAUUUCACUACGAACACAACAGGAGGAUACAGCCUUUACUGUUGGUGACAGAUGAAGGAUAUUCAUUGCGUCAUAAUAAUUCAUAUGUGCCAAAAGGUAACCAUGGAUAUGACAACAUGUUUCCAGACAUGCAUCCAUUAUUUGUGGCAAUGGGUCCAGCAUUUAAAACAGGAUCUAGGAUAGAGACUCUCCAUAAUGUAGAUAUUUAUCCCUUAGUGUGCCAUAUCAUGGGCCUGCGACCAGCACCUAACAAUGGAUCCUUAGACCACGUCAGGCCAAUUCUGAAGGGCGAGGACACUGAUAAUGUGUUUCUUGUUUAUAUCGUCAUUCUUAUCUUCAUUGCUUUGAUUGGAGGAAUAUUCAGCAUUGCGGCUUGUCGCCAACAGAUUUUCCACAGACGACACAGGAAAAUACAGUUGGGGUCACUAACAACCCUGACUAACUCAUUCCACAGCCUUUCUACUACAGCAAAUGGGGGACACGUUCCAUUGUUGGUUAACUCUGAUACUGAGGAUGAGUUUUAAAGAGGAAGAAGGGCUAUACCCCUCUACUGGUUCACUCUAAUACUGAGGAGGAUUCUGAAGAGGAGGGCUAUACCCCUCUACUGGUUCACUCUAAUACUGAGGAGGAUUCUGAAGGAGAGGGAGAGGGGCAUACAAUUUACUUGUUAUCAGGAAUUGUUACCUGUAUCAGAAAACUUAUCCAGUAUCAUUAAACAUUCCAUGAAAAAAAACCUGUAUUAAUGUAACUGGGUAUUGCCAUCAUUUUCUUAUUUCAAUUUAACUAUAUCUUGUAACAUAUGACAGCUGAUAUUGGAUACUUAUUGCAAUAUUUGGUUCAGAGAAAUGUAUUGGAAAUGUAAGAACAGAAUUAUUUUGUAUAUACACAUUGUAUGUGAUUUCUCAGUGCAGACAUGAUGUACUGGCAUUGCUAAAGAUAUUUUCUCUAGUUGUCUGGACCCUCAGGUUUUGUUUUCUAUUGGAAGUUUUUUACAGCAUUAUUCAAGCAGCAGUUUGAAUGGCAAUAUAAUGUAAAUAUAUUUGUUUAUGUUUGUAUUGUCUUUUCUAAACUGUACCACAAUAUAAUGUAAUGCUAGUAUUAUUCUGUGAUAUUCAGUUUUGUCAGGUGUAAUAUCUUACAUUCCUACCACUUUUCUGAUCUCCGUGGAGAGUAAUUUAAAGGGACCAUGCAUGUAUAUGCUGUGUUUUAAUGUGGAUCACAUGUGUUAAUGUGGAUCAUGUAUAUGAUGUGUGUUAAUGUGGACCAUGUGUAUACUGUGUGUUAAUGUGGACCAUGUGUAUACUGUGUGUUAAUGUGGACCAUGUGUAUACUGUGUGUUAAUGUGGACCAUGUGUAUACUGUGUGUUAA